AUGUCGCUCGCCAUCAACGCGGCCGCCACGCUGGGCGUCUGCUUCACCUACUUUCCUGCACCUCCCCUAGCAUCUUUUCGAGCCACGGGACAAACGUUCCUCAAAGCCAUGGACUGGAUCGGCCUCUUUGCCAUCGUCACGUUCCAGGUUCUGGUCUCGCUGGGAAUCACUUGGAUCACCACGUACGGAGCCACAUCGGCGCGCUUUCUGGCGCCGUUCCUCGUGGGGAUUGCCGUCGCCGUAGCUCUGGGCUUCCACCAGGCCUAUCUGGCCAAGAACCCGUUCUUACAUCCAUUCCUCUUCCGCCGGGUUCGUACCUUUACCAUGAUGUGCGUCAUCGCCUUGGUGGGAGGCAUGCUCUUCUACUCGUUGUCCGUCUUCUUCUCCACUUACCUCAAGCUUCUGUUCGACGGGGACGAUCAGGUCAAGAUCGGCGUUGACAACCUCCCCAUGGCCGUCCUGAUCAACAUUGGCGGCGUUAGCAGCGCGCUCACUCUGCCGAUCCUGGGUCCUCUCGUUGGCACUCGCGUGAUGAUGGUCGAUGGGGUCUUGUUCCAAGUCCUGUUCAUCCCUCUGAUGUGUCUUGUCGAAGUCCACGGCCGUUCCAUGGCCCUGGCCUUCUCCGCCCUGGGCGGGUUCGGUAUCGGAAUCAUGGAUACCCUAACAAUCCUGUUGAUCCAAUAUGCCUCCCCGGACGAGUACCUGGGCUUUGCCUACGGUAUUCUUGGUCUGUGUCGAGGCAUUGGCGGAUCCGCAGGCACCGCCAUCUACGUGACCAUCUUCUCGAGCAAGUCUGCAACUCUGGUGCCCGAGAGGGUGUCCGCCGCUGCCGCGGCGGCCGGUCUCCCGCAAAGCUCCCUCGCCCGGCUGCUGGGGAUCCUCACCGGAGUGGUGAGAGAGCCCAUCACGUCCGUGCCGGGCAUCAACGCGCAGAUUAUCGCCGCGUCGACGCUGGCCCUGAAAAAGGCAUAUCUGGCUUCGUUCAAAUACGUCUGGCUGACCAGCAUUCCGUUUGGGGUUAUUUCGCUACUGUGCGCCCUCGCGACGAAGGAUGUGUCGGACCAGUUGACCAAUGAGACGCCGCAGCAUCUAGUCAAUGUUGCUCAGUCGGGAGAUGAUGAAAAGAUAUGGCUAAGUCAGUUGGUGGAAUUACAACAAUUCAAAUAG